UCCCCAUUUCCCAUCUUCCCUUCCGGGUCUUACACACCGGAGAACAAGGUCGUGAAAAGAAGAGGACUUGGUUUGGUACUGUCGUUUCUAUCGUCUAGGGGCUCUGCGCUUUUCGCAGAACUUCCAACAGCGCUAUGUUGGGACAGAGCAUCCGGAGGUUCACAACCUCUGUGGUCCGUAGAAGCCACUAUGAGGAGGGCCCAGGGAAGAAUUUGCCAUUUUCAGUGGAAAACAAGUGGCGGUUACUUGUUAUGAUGACUAUGUACUUUGGAUCUGGAUUUGCUGCACCUUUUUUUAUAGUAAGACACCAGCUGCUUAAGAAAUAAGGAUGUUUUAAUUAAUCCAUUAAACAGGUGUGAAAAGGAGCAUUUUAAGAGGUGCAGUCUCUUUGAAAAAUGGAUCAAACUCUUGAAUUCAACAUACUCAAUAUGUUUGUAAAUAAACUUAUGGCAUGAAUCCUUAAUGCCUCUUCUCUGAAACCUGGAAUGUAAUAAUUGUGCUGACUUUUUAUUUAGGAAAUGUUCUAGUAUUUUUUGUUCAAAAUAUGUGUAAAUUUAGCCUAUUUCUUGGUUUUAAAUUUUGAGAUUUAAUUUUUGAUUACUAGGUCAGGACCUUGUUGGUAAUUUAUGUUAUAUAAAAUGCAAACUUGA